AUGAAUUCAAGAAAGCUAUGGGAGCUGAAUUUUGCAGACGAUAGUUGCUCCUAUGUAAUCGGCGCUGAAGGUGUGCCCCGAAAGAGCUUUUUUAUUCUCACAAGUGAUAAUGUUAAGCAACGGCAAACCAUAAACGAAGAGAUUUGGUUUUUGCCCUGGCUCGGGUUUUCUUUUCUGCGCUUGUUUUCAGCCAAACAAAUAUUCAGUAGCUAUCAAAGCAACAUGAAAAUCGUUUACAAUAAACACAAGAAUUAUACAAAUAUCGAACGAUUUAUCAUUCUUCUUCAUGGAGUCAUUCAAGCAUGUACAGGUAUGGAUGAUGAACUCAUGGACACGCAGCCCUUUAUUCGUUCGAGAAGGGCAUUUCGGGUAUUUAGUCCCGAGGUUAAAGGUAGCCCUUCCUUCACACACUCAUCGUAUUUUUCCAAUGCACAAACAAUCUCGUUGAAAUCCGGGCGCUUAGAGGGAUUUGAUGCCCAACAGCUCUUUAUAAGGUGGGCCAGUGCCGUUUUAACGAAAUCGAAAAACCCAAACCUGCACGAUACUUGGAUGGUACAAACGGGAAAGCAAGGCGACCUCACUCUUGAACUGGCGCUCGAGGAGGACACGUGUCUCCUCCCUAUUGGUCGGGAUCCUCACCAUCUUGACUGCAACGGCCCUCUGCUUGUAGAUUCCCCGAUUCGGCUGUGGGCCCCAGAAGCAAAUUUGUUGCCGAUGAAGAGCUGUGAAAGGUCGGCCGUCCACUCUUCUCGCUCCUCCUCGUUCGAGGCCUCCCAAGUCUCCAUGUUAUCGGACUCCAAAAUCAUCGACCAAGACUCGAGACUGUCGAACCUUUUCUUUUCCAUGUUGUCCAAGUUGAGGUUCGGUUGGGCCCUUGACGUGGGGCCCACCAACGGUGGUUUGGGCUUCGGUUUGCGGAGGCGGAACGGGUUGAAGCACGACUUAGAACACACGAUCACGACGCGCUUUUCUUUUGAAAGUGUGCAUCGACUUCAUGAAGUGCAUGAAUUGGUGGGAAGUGAAAUAGCGGCACAAGUCGGAGCUUUUGGAGGAGCUAUCCAUUUAGGGCUCGUUUACUAG